GUCCAAGGAGCAACCAUGAACAUCACCAAAUGAACCACUAAUUUUGACCCCAAUAAGGUAACCUCUAUCAUUCCUGUUUGGAUUUCUAUUGCAAACCUGCCCGUUCACCUUCAUGAUCAUAAAGCACUAAUGGCUAUUGCAAAUAUCUUUGGAAAAACUAUUAAACUGGACUCAACUACAGAAAACUUCAGCAGGACUUCAGUGGCCAGAUUCUGUGUUGAAAUGAACCUUUCCAGCCUCCCUCAGAAUUCCUUCUAUGUUAAAAAUGGAGAUACUCCCUUACUUCUGCAAGCAGAAUUCGAAAACCUCCAUGAUUUCUGUAAAAUCUGCAAAGGGAUUAACAGACACUCAGCUUCCUGCAAGCACUUCUCUCCUCCAAUGGCUAAGAUUCCCAUGCCAAACAGCAACCAAACAUCCUCUCCCAGCCAACAAUCCCAUCACAGUGAUACUUCCUCUAAAAAGUUACAAACCAAUCCCUCCAAGCAGCUACCACCCAAAAAGCCCACUGUCCCCACCCCCUCCACUAAACCACAGGCCAACAGGCCUGUCAGUACCAACAACAACAACCGGACAAAUACCACCUCAACACCUAAUUCUACAGCCCUCUCAGUGCCUACUUCUCAUGUGCCUUCUUCUGAUAACCUGAGCCCAAUCCCAGUGUCUACUUCUCACACCCAGAGCCCAAUACAUGAACCCUCCAACCAAACAAGUAAUCACAAUCAACCCACCCCUCCCUCUGUCCCACCUUUUGCCCAGUCUCCCACCCCCAUCCAGAUCCCAGCUCAACCCCCCUCUAAUCAGUCCCUUUCUCUCAUCCCUAAUCCUCUUCCCAACACCCCACCCUCUCUCCCGGCUGAUCAGGAACUAUUCGAGAACAACUUUCAAGAGGAGAUUUUUAAUAACCUUUUCCCCAUCUUUGCACAAGACUCCUUGAUACUGGAAUCCUCUUCCUCAUACACUCAGCUGGGCCACCUCCUUUUCACAAGCAAAGCCCUGCAAACAAAACUUCAUAUUUCAACCAUUUAUGACAACUGGGAACCCUACAGGGGAGGGGGAAUGAGAGGCUUAAUGGACAAGCUGGUGAAUUUGAGGAAAGUCAUUCAAGCCUGGAACAAAAGUACCUUUGGGAACAUCCUCAAGAACAGAACUAAGAUGGAGGAUAUACUGAAACUAGCUGAAGAAGCCUACAAUGACAACCCAACUCAUGACAGCAACACCAGGAUGCAACAAGCCAGAUCAGAUCUUAAUAAUUGCCUUGCCAUAGAAUAUUCCUACUGGAAGCAAAAAUCCAAUCUGAAAUGGGUAAAGGAGGGGGACCUAAACACCAAGUUUUUCCAAGCCUUUGUCAAAAACAAAAGGAACUUUCAAAGGAUUCAAAAAAUCAAGAACACUGAUAACAAUUGGCUUACUGAGUGGGAUGACAUUGCUUCAGAGGCCACCUCUUUUUCCAAUACCCUCUUCAGACAUGAGGAAGCUGACUUAUGCCCAGAAAUCCUGGACAAUAUUCCCCUCACCCUGAACCAUAAUGACAACCUCUUCCUUUGCAGCCUCCCCACCAUGGAAGAGGUUAAAACUGCAAUCUGGGACCUCUGCCCAGACAGCUCUCCAGGACCUGAUGGUUUCAUUGGCCAUUUUUUCAGGGAGAAGAAGACCAAGAAGCUUUUUUCAGAAAUAAGCAAAUUACUUUCAAAGAAGCUUACCUUGCAAUCCAACCUGAGGAAGAGGAAGCAGAACCUGACCAAGAAGCAAAUUCCAAAAAUCUCCUUCUUCCAGUGGCGCCUUCACCAGAAACUGCUACCUUUCCCUGCACACUUGAGGAAAUUUGGAAUCACUUCAUUGCCUUCCAUAUGCCAUCUCUGCAAAAGGGAUAGUGCUACGACACGCCUAUCACAAGCAACACACGGUGUGAGAGCCUACCUCCACAAAUGGUGGACAGAAUACCACAACCAAACUCUAGAAGGAUGGCUCAAAGGUAUCAUACCUGGAAUCAUCUCCCACCAAAUUUGGAAGGAAAGAAACCGGCGCAUCCAUGAAAACAGCAGCAAAGAGUCAGGGAGACUACUUCAAGACUGUAUUGCACAAGUACAGGAGUGGGUUCUUGGAAGGGCUCCUUCAAAGCUUAAGUACUUCGACGCCUGGAGACUUCCUCCUGAACUUAUGCUCUCGCAGCAAAGGAACCCCUCCCUUAGAGUCCAUAGGUGGACCAACACCUCGGACAACGGAUUACACCUCUCCACAGAUGUUGCAAUCAAUCAAAAUUACGGGGUGGCUAGUGCAGUUUUACGCAGAGGAAAUGGCACUUUCAUUGCAGCAGGAACAUGGAAGAUUGAAGAAACAUCUGCCUUACAAGGUGAGGCAAAAGCUUUAGCCAUUGGCAUACAAUGGGCUGCACAUUUUGGAAGAUAUAUUUGGGCCAACACUGACUGCAAAAGUCUAGCCAAGUCAAUCUCCAGCCGCAAAAACCCGGGAGUCAACCAUGAACUUUGGACAACUCUCCUCCAUGCUUUCUCACAUUCGGGUCAAAAGAUCUCCUACAUACCUCGAGAGGGAAAUAUGGGAGCCCAUCAUUUGGCCAAAUGGGCCAUCCAACAUAAUCUUUUUACUCCUUGUAUUUCUUUUCUCAUUGCUCCCCCACAUGUUCAGGGAGCAAUCACAGCUGAUGUAAUGCUUCCUUUCUUUCGCUAAUCAAUAAAAAGCUAGCUUCAUU